AUGCAGAUGACACUAGCCCUACUGGUCCUGUGGGCUACAAUGUCCCUGGCGGAGGGCUACAGGAUCCUGUGCGUCUUCCCUGUUCCGUCUCCAAGCCACAACAUCCUGGGGAAAGGUUUCGUGGACGCGCUGCUGGAAGCGGGACACCAGGUUUGGUGGGCGACCCCAUAUCCGGAGAAGGUGAACCAGCCAGAAACCAACUUGACCGUCAUCGAUGUCAGCGCAACUAGGAUCAUGUUUAAAAACCUGAAUAUGACGAGCCGUCAGCCGGUCCACCAAAUGGCAUACCUCGCCUCCGACAUAGCUGCCAUCGCGGCAGCAGCGCCGGGGAUGCAGCAUGCGAUGCUGACGGUGAACUUCCAUGCUGUAGUCACGGAGUGGUUCGCGUCCGAUUUACCGGCUGGAUACGCAGCAGUCCAGCAGGCACCAUGGAUCCUGCUGAGCAGCGUGGUGGCCCACGCUGGCCUGGAGAUGCUGGUGGAUGACGUGACCAGCACGGCGCUCGUGCCCACCAUGCUGACUCGGGCGCCGCUGCCCAUGGGGUUCUUCCAGCGGGCUGCCAACAGCCUCGUCGUGGGGGCGAUGAAGAUCGGGACUUGGGCAAUGCGCGUCUACUCUUCAAAGCAGUACACGGAUCUCUUCGGCCCCCUGGCGGCCGCUCGCGGCUCAGUGCUGCCGCCACUUUCCGAAGUUUACAACAACGUGUCUAUCCUCCUUGUCAACUCGCACCCCGUGCUGGCUCCCGCUCGAAGCUUCCCGCCAAAUGUGGUUGAUAUAGCGGGGUACCAUGUAGAAGAGAAUGCUACGCUUCCCGAGGACCUACAAAAGCUUCUAGACUCUUCGGCCCAAGGCUUUAUUUAUUUUAGCCUGGGUUCCGUAGUACAGGUAUCUGAACUGCCAGCUAGCCUGAAGACAGAGCUCAGCCAGAUGUUAGGUCAGCUGCCUUACACGGUGCUGUGGAGAAGUGAUGAGGAGCUGCAGGACCUUCCGAAGAACGUACAUGUGAGGAAGUGGUUUCCACAGCCUGGGAUAUUAGCGCACCGCAACAUAAAGCUGUUCAUCACUCACGGCGGCCUCCUGUCUCUGAUCGAGGCCGUCCACCACGGCGUGCCGGUACUGGCCGUGCCCGUGUUCGGAGACCAGCCCGUGAACGCGGAGAGAGCGGCGGCCUCAGGCCUCGCGGUCAAAGUGGACUUUCAUGUUGGAAUGGCGAGCGAACUGCGAAGGGGACUUGAUGAGAUGAUUGGCAAUGAUAGUUAUUAUAAAACAGCGAAGCGACUAUCAAAGCUGUUUCACAGGCGUCCAGUGCCGCCCUCCAAGCUGAUACCUCACUACGUGGAACUGGCCAUAGAGUCUCAAGGUGCCUACCACCUGCGGUCGGCAGCGCGGCACUAUCCCUGGUAUGCGCGCGCACGGUUGGACCAACUUCUGUUCUGUGCUGCGCUCUUCUACGGCUUGUAUGUAGCGGGGCGACUUGUGGCGCGACAGCUAAGGGCGCACAAGCGGAAAGCUGAAUAA